ACAUGUGAUUCUAUAAUGAAGGACUAUGACAAGAAUGUGGUAGCCUGGACAGCAUUGAAAUCAUUGAAGACACAAGCUAAUAGUAUGAAACAUGAUGUGGCAGUUGAGGAUGACAUGGCAAAUGACGUAGAGAACAUCGAACACAUGGGAAAUGAUAUGGCACAUCCUUGGGUCUCAUAUAAAAGGCCAAUAACAUGUGAUCUGAUAAUGAAGGAUUACGACAAGAAUGUGGUAGCCUGGAUAGCAUUGAAAACAUUGAAGACACAAGCUAAUGGCAUGAAGCAUGAUGUGACAGUCAAGGAUGACAUGGCAAAUGACGUAGAGAGCAUCAAACACAUGGGAAAUGAUAUGGCACAUCCUUGGUGACGCUUUUACUUGUUAAUAUAUGAAAUGGAAACUUGAUUAGGCAAAAGUUCAUGUGAAGAAAGUAAGAGAAUUUAAUUGAAGUAUAGUUUCCUAGUAUUUCUAGUGUUCCAAUUGUUUAGGAGUUUUUUUUGUUUUAUGGGUCUUUAUUUUAUUUUAUUUUUUUUAGGAAUUAUAAUUAUAUUAGAAUUAUUAUUAUCUUAUUUAGAUUGAAAUUGUUAUUAUCCUAAAUAUUAGGAUUGUUAUUUUCCUUUAGAUUAUGUUUGUUAUUAUCCUAUUCAGACUAGGGAUUUAAAUACUCAUGUAACCUUCGGAUAGAUGAUACGCAAUGGCUUAAUGAAAUUGUGAGAUCUUUUCUCUUGGUUCUUUUGAGAACUCAUGAAUUUAUCAAGAAUAUUUUUUUUUGUGACGUUCAAAUAUGAGUUAUCACUCUAUCUCUGUUUUAUUCUACAGUGUGGCGUCAACUUAUACCUUUGGUUCAUGUCUAUUAUAGACAUCGGGCCAUUGUUUUUAUACUUUUGGUUCAUGAUUAUUCAUAAUCAUUGGAUCAAGGGUUUUUAAACUUUUGGUUCGUGUCAAUUAUAGACAUUGGGUCAAGGUUUUUUUUAAUUUGAAAUUUGAUUUAGCUUUUCUAGGUUCCUAGCUUCCUUUCUUGCGUGUAGGGUCUCAUAUAGAAGACCAAGAACAUGUGAUCCAAUAAUGAAGGACUAUGAAAAGAAUGUGGUAGCCUGGAUAGCAUUGAAAUCAUUGAAGACACAAGCUAAUAGUAUGAAACAUGAUGUGGCAGUCGAGGAUGACAUGGCAAAUGACGUAGAGAGCAUUGAACACAUGGGAAAUGAUAUGGCACAUCCUUGGUGACGUUUUUAGUUGUUAAUUUAUGAAAUGGAAACUUGAUUAGGCAAAAGUUCACGUGAAGAAAGUAAGAGAAUUUAAUUGAAGUCUAGUUUCCUAGUAUUUCUAGUGUUCCAGUUGCUUAGGAGUUUUAUUUGUUUUAAAAGUCUUUAUUUUAUUUUCUUUAGGAAUUAUAAUUAUAUUUGGAUUAUUAUUUAAGAUUAUAAAUAUCUUACUUA